AUGACAGCAUCAGCUGUCGCUGUCGUGGGUCUUUCUUACCACCUGCACAGACAGAGUGUUGUAGCCGUAAACACUCUGUACUAUUGUACACGUCCUAGCUCUCUGCGACGAGCAUCAUCCAUCAUCCAGGCUCGUCCUUUCGUUCCAUCUUUCGUCCAUGGACACAGUUCAGGUCUGUUCAGUUCAAUUCAUUCAGCCGAGUUUCACCACGCUCGCUCUUGUGCCAUCGUGCCGAGAGAGAUUUUGCAGAUAUCGGCGUCUAUGGAGCUAAUUCUACGGAGAAUGACAAUUUCUUGACCUGCAGACAGUGGCGCUUAUGAUGGAUGAAUCAGACACGCAUGUUCCAUCAUGUGCCGGUCAAAGUGAGUAUGUGUUGCCUGCCAGUUGAUGCAGAUGAGCAGAUACCCCAGGAGUGAGCAUUUUAUGAGCUUCAGUCAACCUCGCCUGCCUGCACUACAAGAAGAGAAGCGGCAAAAUUUCUAUUGCCAGCAAAAGUGUGCAGACUCAAAUGAUCACAGAGAUUACAAAAACAUUUUUAUUGAGCACCUUGGAUGUGGUUCGGUCCAGUGUUGAAACUUUCAUGGACUGAAGACAAGCACAAUUGCGUUUCUGAAUGUGCUACCAAUAUUCAAUUGCAGAAAUU